AUGGCGCGACAAAAGCGAGCGAGCAAUGGCGCGGCAAAGGGAAGUCCAAAGUCACAGGACACUGCCCGAAAACCACUUCCAGUGACCAUCCUAUCUGGUUUCUUGGGAAGCGGCAAAACAACGCUGCUCCGCCAUAUCCUCCAAUCUCCUGACCAUGGCCUGCGAAUCGCGGUCAUUGUCAACGACAUGGCUGCUGUCAAUGUCGACGCCAACCUGAUCGCUCGCUCCUCCGAUGUACGUGGCAAGGACAAAAGCACCGGAGAGGUACGGGUCAAGGAGAAGAUUGUCCAGAUGCAAAACGGGUGUAUAUGCUGCACACUGCGAAGUGAUCUGCUCACUGAGCUGGCACGGCUUGCGUGGAGCGAGGAUGGGUUCGACCACGUUGUCAUCGAAAGCUCCGGCAUCAGUGAGCCGCAGCAAGUUGCUGAGACAUUCACCACGGAGUUGACUGAGGCGAUGGUUGAUGCCGAGGGCAUGGAAACCGAGGAGAAGGAGACAUUCAUGAAAGUUGCAAAGCUCGGUGGGCUCAAGACCAUAGCCUCCGUGGACACCAUGGUGACUGUCGUCGAUGCAUUCCGCUUCUUCUCUGAAUUCGACACUGCCGAAUUUCUUCAAGACCGAUUUGGUAAAGAAGAAGUACCCGAUGAGGAUCAGCGUACGAUCUCAGACCUCUUCGCUGACCAAAUCGAGUUUGCAAACGUCAUCAUCGUGAACAAGAUCGAUCGCGCCGAUGAGAAGACUCUGGGUCGCGUCAAGGCGUACGUCAAAACACUCAAUCCGACUGCCAAGAUCAUCGAGGCCAGGUACUCUAAGGUAGAUGUGCGUGAGAUGUUAAACACUGGUGUCUUCAACUUUGCGGAAGCUAUCACGAGCCCGGGCUGGUUGAAGAGCAUUCAUGAGAUGACGGUCAUGGAUGUCCAAGGAAAGAAACGCCUUGCUCCGAAGCCAGAGACACUCGAAUACGGUAUCGGCAGCUUCGUCUAUCGCGCCCGUCGUCCGUUUGACCCAAUGAAGCUGUACCGCCUCAUUGAGGGAAAGUUCAUUCUCCUCCAGGAUGAAGCCGAGGACGUUGACGACGAAGAUGAGGAAGACGAGGAUGAAGUCAUGUCCGAUUCAGAUGAGUCGCGCCCGUCAGCCGGCGCCUCAGACAACAGCAGCGAGGAGGGCGAUAGUUCUCCUCCUUUGGACGAUGCAACCAUCCUGGCGAACAAGAAAGCUAGUCCAUACUUCAGCGGUCUUCAUCGAAGUAAAGGUAUCUUCUGGCUAGCUACUCGCCCCUUCCAAAUGGGGUCUUGGAGUACCGCCGGCGCGAUGCUCACUCUCGGCUCUGAGAUGCCGUGGUUCUGCUGCGUGUCAGAGGAAGAUUGGGGCGCUGACAAAGAGACCGAGAAAGCCAUUCGAGCAGAUUUUGAGGGCGAGUGGGGUGAUCGCCGACAGGAGCUAGUGUUAAUUGGUGAGAAGCUCGACGUGGAAGGUUUGACUAAGCUACUAGACAAUUGCUUGUUGAGUCGCGCAGAGAUGCGGAAGUGGGAGAAGGUUAUGCACAAUGACAAAAUGGAUGAGGAAGAGAAGGAGGAGAAGCUGGCUGAGAUGUGGGACGAUGGCUACUGGGCUGAAUGGGCGCGACCGGGAGCCGAAGAGGAAGACGACGAGGGGCACGAUCACCAUCAUCAUGGUCAUUCCCACAAGCACUAA